UUGGGCGAAAAAUUAUGGCAACAAGUGACGGGUUUCCUAUAGCAAUAGUUGCAACAUUCACGUGUGUUUACUUCUUGGUGUUCUUGCUAUCAAUCGCGGGGAACUCAUUCGUCCGUUGUCUAUGUUUCAAAUUAAAAAGACCACCAUGUUCGCUGAAAUGGUUCAUCGCUAACUUGGCUGUUGCAGACCUGGCAUUUACCACCCUGAGCAUAUUGGAUCUGAUCAACUUUUUAUGGACCUGGAUUGGCGGUCAAUUCUCCUGUAAAGCACAAAGUUUUGUUAUCGAAACGUGCUACACCACUUCAAUAAUGACUCUUGUUCUUAUAAGCUUCGAGCGCCUCCAGGCCGUGGUCGAGCCCUUCAGUGUAAGAUUCAUUACCACAGAAGGCGCGCAUCGCAAGCUGAUCGCCAUGUGGAUAAGCAGCAUCAUUAUCGCCUCGCCAUUGCUAUAUGCCUAUCAAGCUCAAGUGGAUGCCAGUGGUACGGUGUUCUGCACAAACAUCAAAUUCGGAGACAUGGGACGACAGAUUUAUUACAGUAUCCAUGCAGUUUGUUUCUUCAUCUUUCCUCUAAUCUACAUGAUUUAUGCCCAGUGGAACAUUUUUCUAUCGUUGCGCUCGGGCGUCUUUCCAACACAAAACUCCCUUGAAACAGGGUGCACCGUCCAACGCCAUCACAAAGUGGCGAGGAUUUUAGCCGCCUUAACGGUGGCGUUUGCAAUUUGCUGGUCACCAUUUGUGGUGGUGCGAACGCUGAUGUAUUUUCACCUCACCGAUGGUGGUUACAUCUGGAGGGCGUCCCAACUUUUAAUUCUCUUGAACACGGCCUUAGAUCCCAUACUGUACGGAAUCUACGGGGCAAAUUUCAAACGGUAUCUUCUGGGUUUAUUCAAGUGUACGAAUUUUCAACCAUCCACACGGAAGGAGACUUUUGGCAGAGAAAAACGAAAGAGGCAAAGAACAGACAUCGUACAUGUAGAACAAGUUUACGAUUUAAAUGUCUUGGAACUGGUUGACAAAUGAUCAAGUACAAGAGGCAAGACAUCACCAAACAUGGAAGAACGCAUCUGACUACAAACAACGAGAAGCGAGUUAAAAUACGACGAGUAGCAGAGUAUUUUGGACGAACUUCGAGGUGCACGUGUUUAAAAAUCUGGUCACGGACACGGUCUUGAGUACCUAAGUACAAGAAGAUGCAAUUUAUAUACCGAGAAUACACGGUCACGGUUGCUGAAAAUACUAGGCCCUUUUUUUCGAUAUUAGCAACCGAUGAAGAUAUUAUAAGGAGAUGAAAAUGAUAGUAACCAUUCGCCACUUGAGGUGAUGUCUACUGUUAACAGGCUUUCUGUUUUCUCGAAGAUCGUCGAAGGCGCGAGCAAACUCGAAUAGUAACUUCGUGGGAUUGAACGAGCGCAAAAGUGGGAAUGGGUCGCUCGCCUUUAAAAAGAAAAAUAAGAGGAAAAAAGGAACGACGGUGGACAGAUUAGGUGCUUUCUGAAAUUACUACUAAUAGGUGAAUGCGUUUUCGUUGUCAGAGUUGUUGCUCAGCUUUCAAAAGCUGAGCAACAACUCUGGUAUUGCUGCUGGUAUUGGUGAACCCCAAUCAGGGUUCAUGAUUGAAGAUAGGUUCAAAGAGAAACCAUAUCUUAUAACAUUCACAAUCAGCGAAGCUUGAGUAAUUAUCUGUUGUUAAUUAAAAUGAGAAAAUCACUUCAGCGUUACCAAAGAAUUAGCCAUUUAACGAGCUGCAUGUCUCAAAAGAAUUGAUCACCUAUAAAUGAGAAUGGCUCAAUUAAACUGUGUAUAAAUAAUACCAAUAAAAUAGAAUUUAUGUCUGACAGUUUACGUUUAAAUGCUUUUUUCAGAUUUCGUAUUUUUUGUGUCUCUAUUUCAAAACGGGUCCUCGUGCAAAACCUUUCGUAUGAAAAAGAGUUUGAUUCACAAGAAAAUGAACCUCAAACACAAUUCCAUAUCAAUCGUUUUCGCACGAAGACUCGUUCUGACACAGAGGCAAAAGCCAACUCGGAAAUGGCCUAUUUACCUUCAUGUGGAUUUUAAUAUUUUGUUUCACUUUUAGAUUGCCGCCUAGUUUUGGAGUUUGUUUUCUUUACUAUUUUGCUAAUUUGGUUUUGAACUCUGAUUCCGGUUUUUUCUCACACUUUUUUUCACAGCGUGCUCCGCAGCAAAAUUUUAAGACUGAGGCCCCAUAUAAUAUGUUCUCGGGUACCCGAGACAACCCUCUGGCCGAGGUAACUUUUAGCUUAUUUUUUUGCAAAAUUUAACCAACCGUUUACAUUAGGAUCGCGAACCCGUCUCGGGGGGCAAGACAACUCGGGUGGGCGAGUUGUCUCGUCUCGGCAGGUAGGGUAACCCUGGCGAGCGGGUCAAAUUUUUUUUUUUCAUAUAAACGCUUUGGCUCGCCUGACCGGGACAACUCUCAGCGUGGCGAGUGUCACGUAAUGCCUAGAUGGGGAUUUAAAGCAGA